AUGGAAAAUGCCUCCAGUUCCUCAGCAUUCCUGUCAACCUUAUCUGAAGGAGAAGACCUGGUUUUUGGAACCCUCUACACUCUCUUUGGUGUAGUCUCUCUCUUUGGAAACUCUCUCCUGCUGCUGGUAGCUUAUCGGAAGAGAGCCGUCCUGAAACCUGCCGAAUUCUUCAUCGUGAACCUUGCCAUCAGUGAUGUGGGCAUGACCGCAACCCUCUUCCCUCUGGCCACGCCAUCCUUCUUUGCACACAGGUGGCUGUUCAACCAUGCUAUGUGCACUUUCUAUGCCUUUUGUGGAGUUCUCUUUGGCCUGUGCAGUCUUACCAGCCUGACAGCCCUGAGUACCGUUUGCUGUAUGAAAGUCUGUUAUCCGGCGUAUGGCAAUAAGUUCUCUCCUGCAUGUGCUGGGGCACUGCUAUCUUGCGUCUGGGUUUACGCCCUCAUCUUUGCAGUGGCCCCUCUGGCCAACUGGGGCAGCUAUGGGCCAGAGCCCUACGGGACAGCUUGCUGCAUCAAGUGGAAAGUGUCCACCAGAGAAACGAAGUUCUACAUCGGGGCCCUCUUUGUCUUCUGCUACAUCAUCCCUUGCCUCCUGAUCCUCAUCUCUUACUCCCUCAUCCUUUGGACUGUGAAAGUGUCCCGAAGAGCCGUCAGGCAGCACAUGUCCCCGAGGACCAAAGCCAACAGCGUCCACACUCUGAUCGUUAAGCUUAGUGUUUCUGUGUGCAUUGGAUUUCUUGCUGCUUGGACCCCCUACGCUAUUGUUGCCAUGUGGUCAGCGUUUGGCGACGCCAGCCAGGUGCCCGUCCUGGCCUUUGCCCUCUCUGCUGUGUUUGCCAAGUCUUCGGCAACCUACAACCCUCUGGUUUAUCUGUUCUUCAAGCCCAACUUCCAGAAGUUCCUUUCCAAGGACCUCUCCCUGUUGCAAGCUGUCUGCGCCGUCUUCUGCUGCAGCCGGCCAAGGGUUAUCACCCUCCAGUCCUUCCACACCCGAGAUGGCCGGGCUUCCAUGAAGUUCUCCACCGCUUUUACCGACCACCGUGGAUCCUGCAGGAACUGCACGGACACUUUUGAAUGUUUCAGUAACUAUCCCCGGUGCUACAGGCUCUCUCCGAAGUCGGACACGACCGCCAAGGCCAAGCCGCUGGCGAUCCUGGCAGACGGAACGACUUGCCGGCCAAGUCUGAAGAGAACCGUGCAGGUCAUGGUGCUCGUGACGAGGAAGAAGACCGGGAUGGGGACUAGGAGUGUGGCUGGGGAUGUUCUGCCUUCAAAUAUUGUCAGAGAUCUUAUGUGAGCGAGGGUUCAAAGGCAGGGGGAGCCCCCUUUCUGCCUAGACCAAUCAGAAAUGUUUGGUUGCCAUUUCAAAAUCCAUUUUCUUCUCCAUAUGUAUAGUUGUUUCCAAAGUGUGCUUUGCAGGCUAGGGGAUACUGCAAAUCUUACACCAGCAUUCCUCGCCCCUCUCAGAAUUCCCCUCCAUUGUUUCUUUAAACAGCUGCAACUUUGUGCCAACAAUUUUGCACCUGUUUCCCCCCCCCCCCAAAAAAAAGAUCAAUAAUGCAGAGCAAAAAAAAUAAAAAUAAAUCCUGCCUCUUCAUAGGUUCCAUUUGGCAUUUGAGACGUCACAGUGCCACUACAGGCAACUCCCCACUUGCGCAAGAUGUCCUUGUGCAUAACUGUGCAUGCGCAAAACUUCUCUUUCUACUCUGGGGAGGGUUUCCUCAUUAGGCAGAGGCACAAUGGGGCUUUUGUUGAGGCUGCUCAGCUGACACGCAGUAGUUCAGCUGACCUCACACAUCAGCUGUUAGCUGGGGAGGCUGAGCAGCCUCAACGAAGCCCCGCUGUCCCUCUGGCUCCUGUGGAGACCCUCCCCAGAGCCUGAAGAGGACAUCUUCUUUGAGCUCUCAGAAGGGUCUUCUCAAAAGCCGCAAGGACUCUCCAGGGGGCUCCCCACAACACACAUUUCACUUAUGCACCCAGGGCCCCGGAACAUAACCCCUGCAUAAGUGGGGAGUCGCCUGUAUUGAUGUGAGGCAUAAAUUUGAGUUUUGGUUCCACACCUGUGCAGUCUGCAGCAUGCUAACGUUCACUUGCACAACUAACGUUCAGGUCAAUCCAAGCGGUUGCUAUUUGGAGGCAGGUACAAUUAACCGCUCGCAUAAUUGGACUGUAAAAGAUUAAUCCAAUCGAGCUGCGUCAGCUGCAGCUCAAAUGCAGAGGAUCAGAUCAUCAGAGGUGUGCAAGGCCAUGUGGAUUGGUUGAACAUCCGUUCAGCCAACCCAUGCCUUCGGAACGGCAGGCAGGUGCAACGGCUCAUACAGUCAUGUUGUUCAAGUCUACAGUGGUGUCACCGUUAGGUUCUCCUCUGCACCACAGUUCUCCUUUGAAAAGUUCAUCCUGAUCCAGCUGCAGGUGCAGACACAGCCCAUACUCAUCUAAUUCCCUACAGCAGGGAACCUGAGGCCCUUCAGAUGUUUUGGACUACAACUCCCAUCAUCCCCUGCCGGCACAGGGGCUGAUGGGAGUUGUAGUCCAAAAUAUCUGAAGGGCCUCUAGUUGACGAAGACUGUCCUGCAACAUCUUUCUCUCCCUCUCUCUCUCUGUUGUUACGCACACUUUCAUGGUUAAUUUUUAUAAAAAAAACAACUGAAGGAACACAACUCUCUCUAAAGGCAUUAGGGUGGGAAGCUAAGAAAUCUGAGGUGCUAUUCCAACCAACUUCUCACCCUGACUUCUGUGGUCUCCAUUCAGUUGUGGAAACACACAGCGAAGGUGCUUCGUUUCCCUCUCUUGCAUCUGAGGGGGAAUGACAAUAUCCCUCUACCUCAUAGGAGAGGCUUGUUUAGUAGAUGAAGCAACCUCAUGUUUACAGUGUUUUGUACACGACAGCAUUCAGUAUUGCUUCAUCUGAUUUUCCGAGGCCAUCGAUACUGUAGAACGCAACAACCGCUUAUGGCCCAGAAAUAAAGGCUCGUUCUACAUGGAAGAAUUAUGACCAAUGGAUAUUAGUCCACGCCAAAACAAGGCAUAGAAGAUACUGGACUCCAAGGACACAGCAUCCUUUCUGGCCGGACUGCAGUCUGGGUUUCAU